UGCUACACGCUCUUCUGUUUUCACUGUCUUUUAAAGCUUUCCCUCCUUGAGCCUCUCACUCUGUCCACUCUCUCUGUAUUUCUCAGAUUCUUGUUGCCAAAACAGCCAUGAAUAACAGCACCCACUACAGCAAAGAAAAGCUAGUAGUUGAAGUAGUAGCAGCUCACAACCUAAUGCCAAAAGAUGGGGAAGGUUCAUCAUCCCCAUUUGUAGAGGUUGAGUUUGAAAACCAAAGGCUCCGAACCCAAGUCAAAUACAAAGACUUAAAUCCCAUUUGGAACGAAAAGCUUGUGUUUCAUGUCAAAGAUGUAGCUGACCUUCCUUACAGAACUGUAGAGAUCAAUGUCUUCAACGAGAGAAGCUCCAGCAACAGCAGAAAUUUUCUUGGGAAAGUCAGAGUCUCUGGCUCCAGCAUUUCCAAACAAGGUGAAGAGGUUGCACAACUCUAUACCCUUGACAAAAGAAGCUUGUUUUCACAUAUCAGAGGUGAAAUAAGCUUGAAACUUUAUCUUUCUGUCAAAGAAGAGGUUAAAGAUUUAGGUGCUACUAAUGGAAUAGUAGAAAAUGUUACGUCUUCUUCUGCUACUUCUUCUGGAUUUUCAAAGAAAGCUAAGAAACUUCAGGGACUGAGUUCAGGUUCAGCCAUGGCGGCACAGCAACAACUUGGUCAGGUUCUAGAGUACAAGCCAACGCAGCAGAGUCAGACACAACAUUCAAAGUCAUUGGAGCAAAACCCUGAGAUGAAACCUGUGGUGGUCACUACAGGGCCUGGUCCAACAAUUCCCAGUGUUUCCAGUGGUGGAGUGAGUCUAUUCUCAAAUGGGUUAAGCGAGUUUUCUCUCAAGGAGACUCGGCCACAACUUGGAGGUGAGUCUUUACAAAAAGACAAAACCAGCUCUACCUAUGAUCUUGUUGAGCAGGUGCAGUAUCUGUAUGUGAGAGUAGUGAAAGGCAGAGAAAUUUCAGUGCCUUUUGGUGGGGCUGAGUUGGUGGCUGAAGUGAAGCUUGGAAACUAUAGAGGAAUCACGAAGAGGGUGAGUUUGAAUAAUGUUGAAUGGGACCAAGUGUUUGCUUUUUCCAAAGAUAGUAUUCAGUCAUCAAUGGCAGAGAUUUUAGUGAAGGAGAGCAAUAAAGAUGACUACUUGGGCCGUGUUUGGUUUGAUUUGAAUGAGGUUCCUCGGCGGGUUCCACCAGAUAGUCCAUUGGCUCCACAGUGGUAUAGAAUGGAAGACAAGAAAGGUGAAAAGGCUAAGGCUGGAGAGGUCAUGCUUUCAAUAUGGUUUGGGACUCAGGCAGAUGAGGCUUUUGCAGAGGCGUGGCACUCUAAGGCAGCCAAUGUGCAUCUUGAUGGCUUGUGUUCUAUUAAAUCCAAGGUUUAUCUCUCCCCAAAGCUUUGGUAUUUGAGGGUAUCAGUUAUUGAAGCACAAGACAUUGUUUUAGGGGAGAAAGGGUCUUCAGUGAUGAGGUUUCCUGAGCUUUCUUCCAAAGUCCAAGUGGGAAAUCAGGUUUUGAGGACUAGGAUCGCGGCUGCUAGCCCAAAUAGGAGCUUGUCAAAUCCUUACUGGAAUGAUGAGAUGAUAUUUGUGGUGGCUGAGCCUUUUGAGGAUUACUUGUUGGUUUCAGUAGAGGAUCGUGUUGCGCCGGGGCGGGAUGAGGUUGUUGGCAGAGUUCUUUUUCCUGUAAUGGCGAUUGAAAGGAGAAAUGAUGAAAAGCCUGUGACUUCAAGGUGGUUUAAUCUUGAUAGCCACCUUGGUAAUGCAGGGGAGUCUAAGAUGGUGACUAGAUUUGGGUCUAGGAUUCAUCUUCGGGUUUCGCUUGAUGGGGGUUACCAUGUGCUAGAUGAGGCCACAUUGUACAGUAGUGAUGUUAAGCCUACGGCUAAGCAGCUUUGGAAGCCUCACAUUGGUGUGCUUGAAAUAGGAAUUUUGGGUGCAACUGGGCUUAUGCCAACCAAAAUCAAGGAAGGGAAAGGAGGGUCUACGGAUUCUUACUGUGUUGCAAAGUAUGGGCAGAAAUGGGUGAGGACGCGCACUGUGGUUGAUAGCUUGUCACCCAAAUGGAAUGAGCAGUACACAUGGGAAGUGUUUGAUCCUUGCACCGUGAUCACAAUUGGGGUGUUUGAUAAUUCCCGGGUCGACAAGAACACAAGCAACAUUGCUGGAAUUCGUGAUAACCGUAUUGGGAAAGUUAGAAUUCGAUUGUCAACACUAGAAUCGGAUAGAGUUUACACUCAUUCGUACCCUCUCCUGAUGCUGCACCCUUCUGGUGUCAAGAAAAUGGGGGAGCUGCAUUUGGCAGUGAGAUUUUCGUGUGCUAACACGGCCAAUAUGCUGCACAUGUACACAAUGCCAUUGCUGCCAAAGAUGCAUUAUGUGCAGCCACUGGGUGUGAAUCAAUUGGAGAGUUUGAGGUACCAGGCUAUGAAUGUAGUGUCAUCCCGGCUUAGCCGGUCAGAGCCACCACUGGGACGAGAGGUGGUAGAGUAUAUGCUUGAUCAUGACUCCCACAUGUGGAGCAUGAGGAGGAGCAAGGCUAACUUUUUCAGGCUGAUGAAUGUUGUGUCUGGCCUUGUUGCCAUGGGCCGUUGGGUGGAGGCAAUGCGCAAUUGGCACAGGCCUGUGUACUCAACCCUGUUUCUGGUGUUGUUUCUACUGCUUGUCAUGUUCCCGGAGCUUAUUAUCCCUAGCGUAUUGCUCUACAUGGCCUUUUUGGGACUUUGGCGAUAUAGGUCCCGACCUCGUCACCCACCCCACAUGGAUACUAGGCUCUCUCAUGCUGAGAGUGUUUUUCCUGAUGAAUUGGAUGAGGAAUUCGAUUCAUUCCCAACGAGUCGAAGUGCUGAGGUUGUUCGGUUGAGGUAUGAUAGACUAAGAAGUGUGGCAGGAAGGAUUCAAACCGUUGUUGGUGAUAUGGCAACACAAGGUGAACGUCUUCAACACUUGCUAAGUUGGCGAGACCCAAGGGCAACAUUCUUAUUUGUGAUCUCUUGCUUGAUUGCUGCUGUUGGAUUCUAUGCAGUACCAAUUCGGGUUGUGGUGGCUUUGUGGGGGCUCUAUGUCCUUAGGCCUCCAAGGUUUAGGAGCAAGAUGCCUUCUCCAGCUUUGAGUUUCUUCAGGAGGCUGCCCACAAGGGCUGAUAGUUUGUUGUAGGCUGUAGGAAUUGAUGCAUAAGUUCUUGUUUAGGUUUAUUUGGAAUGGACAUGUGAUCAUAGUGGAAGGCCUUUUCUUUUGUAUUUUGGGUAGCCUUCCUUUUGUGUUUAGUAAUCUUGCGUGUAAGGUGCCUCUCUGCCCAUUCAAGAAGCAAAUUUGUGUAAUGUGCAAGUAAUCAUGCUUAUUGACUACUACCCAUGUGUUCAUUAAGUUGGU